AUGGCGGACGAGGAGAGAUUGAAAUCGUCGGAGGAGGAGGAGGAGAUCAAGAUCGCUGUCCUCUCCGUACUCAAGAAGGACACCAUUCUUAAGCGCAUCUUCCUCAACGUCUCCCCUCCCCCGACGCCGCCGCCGACGACCGGCGGCGACGCCGUCCGUCCCAGCCGUGGAGGACGAGAAGACGACGACGGGCAAGUGGUCCUCUUCGGUCGGCAUCCGGAUUGCCACGUCGUCGUCGACCACCCCAGCAUCAGUCGCUUCCACGUCGCCGCCCGCCUAGUGCCCCUCCGGCGGAAGCUUUCCGUCACCGAUCUCUCCUCUGUUCAUGGGACUUGGGUUUCGGGUACCAAGAUCCCGCCCAACGUGGCCGUCGACAUGGUGGAUGGCGACACUCUGAGUCUCGGCGCCUCGACGAGGGUUUACAGGCUUGAAUGGGUCUCAUCGAGCCGCGCGCUUGAGAUGGAGAACCUAUUGGAGACACUGGCUGAGGGCAAGGAAGAAACAAAUCAGGACGAUUCUGGAGACUUGAGGAGUAACACCAAGGAUCCGUUGGCUGCCGUGAUCCCUUCGGCACCGCCUUUGCUGGAAUCUAUCAAUCUGUCGUCUCUGCCAGUGGAACAGGAGCAGCACAGCCCACUACCGGAAGCAGAGAACUCGUGCUUCUUUUCUCCAGUGCCGAUGCUGGAAUGUGAUGCGCCUUUGAUGCCAACCACCGUGGAGAAUUCGAGUACUAAGGUUUCAUCUGCUACUAAGCAACCAUCCGAGAGGAGGGAGCAUCUGAGCCCGGAAAGGUCCGAGGCGAGGAGCAUGCCAUCGAGCCUCUUGUCAUUGAGGAGAAAAUCAAUGUCCGUUGGCUUCCUUCGGACCCUCACGGCAAGGAGAACGGAGAGACUUGGAGAAGCGAGAGCAGAUACCGACGUCCAAGAAGGCACUGGAAAAGACAACUACACUGCCUGUGAACAAGCCAAGAGUGAGGGAAGACUAUGCAGGGUAUUAUUCGACAAUCUGUGUGAAAAUGAGCAAGAUCGAGAGGAAUGUUUUGCUUCAGAUAAGGAGAAUGCGACUCCAAUGUCAGGCUGCCGGAAGACCAAGAGGAGCUACAGAGUCCUGCAAAACUCUGCAUGCGUUGCAGAACAUUCUGAUGCCGAGGUAAAUACGGCUUGCUCUGCUGACAAGGAGAACUGGAAGCAUGAAGUACUGAGUGACUUGAGGCCUAGAAAUCCCACCUCUGAGAGCUCCGUAAGCAGUAGCAAGGGAGAUGUAACUUCUGGUUCAGAUCACAAAAUCUUGAAAUCGAUUACUUCUGCAGCGAACUUGAAGAAGAUGUCGCAUUCAAGCAUCAUCAGAGAUUCUUCAGAUGUGUCAGAAGAAUUGCUCUACAGUGACAAAGUCAACCGGACACCAGAAUCCUGUAAAGAUAUGAAAUCAAGAAGAGUGGUAGGUGGAAAUCUUGCGAAGGCCGGAGAUAAUGACGGUGCACUUCCUUCAGACAAGAAGGAAUUCUCAUUCAGUAGCCAAACUAGAACUGAGGAGGCGAUUGCGAAGAAAAGAGUUGAAAGGAUUCCAUUUCAGCCUGUGCUAGAAAAUUCCGCCUCGGAAAGCAAAUCUUCUGCCUGUAACUGCGCCUCAAUCAAAGAUGAUCUGAGUGUAAAGUGCGAAUCCGAUUGCUCUCCUAGACGAUCUAUGGGCGCAGUGCUCCAUAAAGCAGAAGCCAGGAAGAUAUGGAACGUCGUGGUCGACGCAGACUGUUUCCUAGAUGAAGAAUCAAGGAGGUCUUUGCAGCUUCUUGAAGGCCUAAAAGGGACUCACCUCAUCGUUCCAAGACUUGUCAUCAGGGAACUCGACUGCCUGAAGCGGCGCGAGAGCCUUUUCGGCGGUUCCACGAAGUUGUUGGCAUCCAAAGCGCUGCAGUGGAUAGAAGGGUGCAUGGUGAAGACAAAUUGGUGGAUUCAUGUUCAGAGCUCAGCUGAGACAAUGACAGUGGCACCGACUCCCCCUGUCUCACCUCGAACACUAUCCCUACCCGAGAUUGAUUCCCCCAGUGCAGAGGACCACAUCCUGGACUGUGCACUGUCGUUCAAGAAAGCCAAAAGAGAUGGACAACUCGUCCUCUUAUCCAACAGCAUCACGCUAAAGAUCAAAGCCAUGGCAGAGGGGUUGCCAUGCGAGACACCGAAGGAAUUCCGUGAGAGCCUCGUGAAUCCAUUCUCGAAGAGGUUUCUCUGGCCGAACAGCAGUCCGAGGGGAUCAACUUGGUGUUGCUCGGAUGAUGUAGGCAUGUUCGAGAAAUGUUUCCGCCACCAACAUCAUCCGCCUGUGAGAAAAGUCGGCAGAGCGGCUGAGGCCGUCAAAGGACUAAAGCUGAUACUGCUCCAUGGUUGCCACCAGCAUGCACAUAUGAGCUCCAAGUAAAAGAAGGCAUCAGUUUCCAUAUUUGGUAAGCGGCUUAACGGAUCCAAUUUCCUAUCCAUUACUUGGAUUGGGCCCGGAUCCGGUUAGGCAUGACGCCAUCUCGAUGUCUUUCUGCUUCCUUUAUAAGAAUACACAUUUGUAUACUCUGUCUGUUUUUUGUCACAGCAGUAUCUCAAAUUUUGCGAGUUACUUUUA